AUGGCUGCUGCAGAAAUUGUUGACUCAACUCAAGGUCUCCUCAACAUCAAUAUGAUGAAUAUCACUAAGCUCACCUCUACCAACUAUCUCACAUGGAGCCUUCAAGUUCAUUCUCUCCUCGACGGCUACGACCUUUCUGGUUACAUUGAUGGCUCCUCUGUUCCACCAGAGCAAACACUCGGCUCCACUACUCUGCCAACUCCAAAUCCGGCAUAUGCAAAGUGGAGACGUCAAGACAAGCUGAUCUACAGUGCUCUUCUUGGCACAUUGUCUCCAGCGCUCCAACCAGUGGUCUCCAAAACCAAAUCCUCUGCUGAGUUGUGGAAACACAUCUCUUCCACUUAUUCCAAUCCAAGCUGGGGCCACAUUCAACAACUCCGUCUGCAACUCAAGCAAGCAUCGAAAGGUGAGAAGACUAUUGAUGAGGACAUGCAGACACUCACCACGCGGUUUGAUCAACUUGCUCUUCUUGGCAAGCCUCUUGCUCUUGAAGACCAACUUGAAGUUAUCCUUGGUGGCUUACCCGAAGAUUACAAAGCUGUUGUUGAUCAAGUGGAAGGACGUGACACUCCUCCCUCCAUUGUCAAAGUCCAUGAAAAGCUCAUUAACAAAGAGGUUAAACUUCUCUCUCUCUCCUUGUCUACCACCUCCACUGGACCAACCUCGGCUUAUGCUGCCACCUAUCGUCCCAAAUUCAACUCUGGGGGACACUCCUUCCGUCCACAUCAGCCAUGGAACAACAACAACAACAACAAGCAUCAUUAUCAACAACCACGCCUAGACAACCGCAUGCUCAAGGGAUACCAAGGCAAGUGUCAAAUCUGUGGGGUGUUUGGUCACAGUGCCAAACGUUGCUCCCACCUUCAACAGCCCUCCUAUGGCUCUCAAAGUGGCAUUCUACCCUCUCCGUUCCACCCAUGGCAACCACGUGCCAAUCUUGCUCUUGGCCAUCAACAGACGACAAAUCCAUGGAUACUUGACAGCGGAGCCACUCAUCACAUGACAAGCAAUCUUGGCAAUUUGGCCUCACACCAGCCUUACCAAGGAGAUGAUGCAGUCCUCAUCGGUGACGGUUCGGGUCUUUCAAUUUCUCACACUGGUUCACUGUCCCUCCCUUCCAACUCUAAACCUUUAUCUCUUACCAAUGUCCUAUGUGUCCCUCACAUUCACAAAAAUCUACUCUCCGUAUACCGUCUAUGUAACUCUAACAGUGUCUCUGUCCACUUUUUCCCUGCUCACUUUUAG